AUGCUUUUCCAGCACCAGAGUGUAGUGUCUGAGACCCAACGCGAUGAACCCUCAUGGUGGAGCAAGAUCAACUUGAAAGACGAUGGCGAUGUUGCCCAAACACUCUUUGCAACACAGGCCCACGAGCCCAUCGAUCCAGCAGAGGAAGCAAGAGUGGUUAGGAAGAUUGAUUUCAUGAUCCUGCCAUACCUAGCUGUCUGCUACGCCUUCUUCUACAUCGACAAAACCACUCUUAGCUAUGCCGCCAUUUUCGGCAUUCGUGAGGACUUGAAGAUCCAUGGCGAGCAGUACAGCUGGUUAUCCUCAAUCUUCUACUUUGGCUUCUUGGCUUGGGCGCUGCCGACAAACUUCUUGUUGCAGCGAUUCCCGGUUGGAAAAUAUCUAGGUUUCAAUAUCUUCAUGUGGGGAGCAUUGCUCAUGUGCCAGGCAGCGGCGAAAAACUUCACAACUCUGGCUAUUUUGAGAGCCCUUUCGGGUGCUGCGGAGGCGUGUUCGGAUCCGGCAUUCAUGAUUAUCACCUCUAUGUGGUAUUCGAGACGCCAGCAACCCAUUAGGAUCGGAAUCUGGUAUACCGCAAAUGGCUUCGGUAUUGCUUUGGGUGGUCUUCUGGGCUAUGGUAUUGGCCACAUCAAAGCAGGCUUGCCUUCAUGGAAAUUCGAGUUCCUUAUUAUCGGAGCCCUCUGUUGUGUCUGGGGUAUAGUGAUGAUGAUUUUUCUUCCCGACAGUCCGGUCACCGCCAAAGGCCUCAACGAGAGAGAAAGGAGGAUAGCUGUGGAAAGAUUGAGAGAUAACCAGACUGGUAUCGAGAAUAAGCAUCUAAAGUGGUAUCAGGUCCGGGAAGUAGUUACUGAUUACAAAACUUACCUUUUCUUCUUGCUUGGAGUGGUUGGGAAUAUUCCAAAUGGAGGUAUAAGCAACUUUGGUACCAUCAUUAUCAAGGGAUUCGGAUUCAGCACCUUGGUCACGACCUUGAUGCAGGUACCUUACGGUAUUUUCAUAGCCAUCAGUAUCCUCACUUGUGUGUUCUUGAACGACAAGUUUGCAUCCAAGGGCAGCCAGACGAGGUGCUACUUUAUCCUCUUGUUCUUACUACCAAACAUCAGCGGAGCUUUCGGGCUUAGUAAGUUCCAACGUUUUUUGGGCGCGGAUAACAAAGCUGGAAGACUGAUAUGCUACUACCUGACUGGUCCCUAUAAUGCAGCUUUUGUUAUGAUUCUCUCUUUGACUACUGCCAAUGUUGCUGGACAUUCCAAGAAGGUCGUAACAAAUGCCAUCCUCUUCCUCGGUUAUUGCACAGGCAACAUCGCAGGACCAUUCUUCUAUAAACCAUCGCAAAGCCCUCGCUACGAGCUCGGCAUUUGGAGCAUGAUUGUCAGCCACUUGAUUGAGGUUUGCGUCAUCCUCUUGCUGCGUCUACUCCUGAGCAGGGAAAAUCGCCGUCGGGACAAAAUCCAGAGUGCUUUGCCUGGUGGUUUAGAGGGCAGAGAUUUGAACGCGACCGCAUUCGCCGAUAUGACUGAUCGUGAAAAUGGGAAUUUCAGGUACAUUUACUGA